AUCUUCCGUCCUAGGAUUUGCACCUCGGCAAAAACCCUUGGGUCACGUCCUGCUCCGCGCCUGACUGCUUCAGCCACCGCCUUGCGAGUCUGUCUCCUUUGCCGGAUGCGUGCACGGGCCUUCUGGAGUCUACGGCUGACACCUCGCAUUCCACUCAGCUGAUGUCCGUCAAGGAUACGAUUUCGGACUUGUUUAUAUCUCCUCAUCCUCUCUUCGGCCGCGCAUCCUUCACUUUCUCGCGGGCCUCCGUCCCGAGCUCUGAUAUCCCGCCUUCAUCAUGCUCGUUCUUGCGUUUCCCGAGCAGUUGGGACACUUCGGCGUGUACGUUUCGGGCUUUCCGCAGAGGUAGCAGAAUACUCUGCGUUCCUUUGCCAUACACUCUCGGAACCCGUGGUCAACUUCUCCGCAAUUCCAGCAGCCCAGCCUCGGCUUCGCUGUCAGGUGGGUUUCCUCAACCAUCACCUCUUCCUAUCCUUCCAACAGCUCCGAAUCUGGCUCUAUCUCCUCGACUCGCUUCCCGGAUUGUUGGAACUUCUGCGACGGGCGAAAAGCUGACCUUCGCUCGCGUCUGCGGAAAUGGUACUCCACCUCUUCCCACUCUUCCCUCAGCUGCUCCAGGUUCCGGACUCGGAUCGCGUACACAUCGCGAUCUCCUCCUCGAGUCCCUUCUUGACGACUCUGACCAUUUCGGAAUCCGCUAUUGGUGUGUUCAAUCUUGCUGCCAGCCUCCGCAUCGCUCGAAAGUAGUCUUCCACCGAUUCUUCAGGUUCUUGGCGUCGCUCAUGCAACGCACGCAGCCGCUCGUACUGCCCACCUACUGCACGGAAUCGUCCACCAACUCGUCCUUUAAGUCCUCCCAGACUUCUGGAGGCCUCUCUCGUACAAACUGCCAGUACCACUCGGCAGCCCGUCCUCUCACCAGAUGGUGAAAAUUAUCCAGGACUUCGUCCCACGAGCGUCGACUCUGCCUCUGGAGAAAUUCGACCCGAAAGACAAAAUCCUCCACCGUCAGUUUGGCUGGGUCUGGGUCGCCGUCGAAGUGGAUGUCCCACUUGUCGACGCGUCCCCAUCUCGGCUCUCUUCACUAGUCUCGCCUCUCGUAGGGCGUCGUGAAUCGCCGAGCUCCGCUUUCUCCUGCUGGUUCCCGUUCCAGUCCUCUCGGUCUCGUCUCCAGAUCGCCAUCUUCCACCCUGCGGGACCAAUUUAGGCUCAGUCUCUCCGGCUUCCUCGGAGGCGCUUGUGGAAUAUGCUCCUGUUGUUCCACGGAACCUUUGGGUCUGGUGCCGGUACUCUGUCUUCGCCAUUCUGGAGCCGCCGGACCGCCUUCUCUGCCAUUUGGAACAUUCUCCCAGUCCAGAUCAUGGAUCAAUUCUCCCUUCUGGCGCAGGGGCGUCAUUGCCUCCGUUAUGGCACCCAUCAGCUCCAUAAAUCCUCGACGGAUCUCCUCUUGCAACGUCCUGCUGAUGGUGUCCGCCAUAGCACCUCUCUGCGUCUCAUGCGCUUGCGCUAUGGCGACGUUUAUGCCCGAAAGAAUUUCAGACGGCAAUUCUUUUGUGGUCUUCGGCAGAUUCCAGCUGUCGUUCUCGCCUCCUUCUGCGCCCUGGCUAUCUCCUCCUCGCUU